UNUGAAUGGUCAGGAUCAUCCGCCCUCCUGGAUUGGCUUGAAUCUCCAAAUGCCCACAUCUUCAAAAUCAACGUCCCAGGAUGGAGCAGAGAGAACAUAAAGGUGCAAAUAGAAGAUGGGAACGUAAUGCGGAUAACAGGAGAGGGAAGUAAAGAGGAGCAAAAUGGGAAAGACACGGUUUGGCAUGUAGCUGAAAGAGGAACAGGAAAGGGAGAAUUUUCUCGAGAAAUUGAAUUGCCGGAAAAUGUGAAGUUGGAUCAGAUCAAGGCCCAUGUGGAAAAUGGUGUUCUCACUGUUGUCGUUCCAAAAGAUGCAAGCCCAAAGCCCAAUAAAGUUAGGAAUAUUAACAUUACUAGCAAGCUCUAGGAUUUAAGCUCUUGAAAAUGGCCAUGGGUUAAGAAUAACAACAGUUCUUCGUGUGGUAUGUGUUGUAAUAAAAAAUAAAUCUCACUCAAACUAGUGCACGUAUCUAUCUGAGUAUAAUUAUUAAAUUUUAAUAUU